UUUUAUGUACAACAGCUCGCACAGUAUACGAGAGUUUAUAUAUCAUAUAUAGAUUUAAUUUAGAAUCAAUUUGAACUACCGAUUAUAGGCAUCAAAGAACAGAUGCAACACGUCCACGUUGUGUUUCAAAUUUACUUUUCGUUUGAAUAUUUUAUCUUCAACAUCUCGCACAGUAUACGAAAGUUUAUAUAUCAUAUAUAGAUAUUAUACAUAUGAUUAAUAAACAAUUUUAACUAUCGAUUCUAGCCUUCAAAGAGAAUUAGGUUAAAGAAAUCUGACUCUUGGCUUAUUUUAAACACGGAUCUAAUUGUCCAAUUCAUAAUUUAUUUGAUUGUCAAUACAAUCGGACAGUAAUUACAAACUGUACCAUAGAGACGUUUUUUACUAUUUUGACAGUAUACUGACGAACGUCCAAUACAAACAAACUUUACUAUAAUGCUAAGUUGAUUUUAUAAAAGAUAUAUUAUUAUUGAUAAAUAAAAUUGACAGUUUAUGAAUUAUCGAACCGUGCAUAGUGUUAUAAUAAUUAAUAAUGGAUAUAAUGAAAUUUAAUACUUCAGAUAUGUAAAUGGUGGAGUCAGUAACUGAUGUUAUGGAGAACAGUACGUGUCAUACAUGGAUUCCAGCGGAAUUACAGGGCAGAAAUGUCACAUUGGAACUUCUCAAUGAAUUGCAUGUUAAACGUAACAUCGGUGGAAUAAUCAUGUUGCUAUGCUUUUCGGUAGUUGGGUUGAUUGGAAACACGCAUGUGUUAUAUGUAUAUUCCCGCCAAUAUAAGCAAUCAAACUAUAGGAUAUAUGUGCUAUUUCUAGCAAUGUUGGAUGUGAUCAACUGUACAGUUGUAGCGCCUCUGGUGGUAGUUUAUCUCUUUCACCCGCUUAUGUAUCCAUCUAAUAUAUUUUGUAAAGUUUUUCGGACAAUAUUAUAUUAUAUGGCGAUUGCAAGUACUUUAUCACUGGUAUCGAUAGCAAUAGAAAGAUUCCGAAAAAUCAGAUUUCCGUUUAAAAAGAAGUUAUCCGAAAGUGCAGUAAUAAAACUUUGUAUUGGGAGUUUAGUAGUUGCCGCCAUUUUAUCAUGGCCUGCUCCGAUACUGUGGGGACUAAGUACAGUUGAAACUGGUGUUCCGGGAUUUGAAGGGAAACGGUGCUUCACUGAUGAUAGUUUUAAAGACUCAAAUAUUAAUUUACAAGCAAUUUACAAUGCUUGUUUAAUAUUGUUUUAUUUCUUAGUUUCCGGUACAUUGAUUGUUAUUUAUAUUUAUAUUGGAAUAAAUAUUCACAAACAGUACAAGUUUCGGGGUGAGCAGAUCGCGUGUCAGACCCACUUAAAUGGAAGAAAAGAUUCAGUGAAUACAAAUGGAAAUAGUGCACGGAAUGCAACAUAUACUUUAUGUGCAGUGACUUUUGCGUAUGUUGGCAGUGCGCUGCCUCACCAUCUGCUUGCGCUUCUGAUUUUCCUUAUUCCCAACUUUGACUGCUCAAUGAGUUUAUUCGGUUCAAGGUGGUAUUAUACAUUUGUAUGGUCAUACUUUUUCAAUAGUGUCAUAAACCCGUUUAUAUACGGGAUCCGUGACCGGAAGUUCAGAUUCGCGGUAAAGAAUAUUUAUCGAGUUUGUGAAAAAUAAAUUGAGCAUUUUAUAUAUAUAUUAUUUGUAAAUAUUUUCAUCAUGUUUCAACGUUUUAAAAAUCUUUGUAAUACAUUGUUUUAUAUUAAUAUUCGAUCUGGUGUUCAUAUUUCCAUUUCACCCAAAUGUAGUAUUUCAAAAUAAUCAAAUGGGGUAUACAUCGGAAAAUUAAAAUGAGAUAAAAUGUAAACUUUUAAAACUUAAAUAGCUAGCGUGACAUUUCGGAGGUUCAAGUGCAAGAUAUUUCAAUGAACAUGGCACUCUCAUUAGUUGUUUGUCAUGCAUUCUGAGAACGAGAAUCAAUUAAUAAAUCAAAUAGAUAGGUUCUGCUACGUUGUUAAUAUGUCGAACAGUAGGAAGGCCGGGAUUUCGACUGCUACUUUAAAAUGCAUUUUCCUUACAACAGGCCUACUUCAGACCAAUUAAACUUACCUAGAGCGAGACACUUUCUUCCUCGAACAAAUGAAUUGAAAAUCUUUUUUCUGAUCGGACGUGACUGGGUAUUUAUAUAUAUGUUACAGUGAGUAUUUAUUAAUUUUCUUUAUAAAUAAAACUAUUCCUUCAUUUCAGUUAUUAUGUAUAAUCCCUGACGUUUUUUCUUGUGAUUAUACAAAUCCCUGAACAUUUUAGUGAUUAUAUAUAAUCCCUAAACUAGCCAGUGAUUCUACAUAAUCAGGGAUUCUACAUAAUCACUGAUUAUUCAAAUUCACUGUAACAUAAAUACAUCCCGACCAGCCGAACUGAUUUACUGCAGGAUUGGAGAAGAACAUGGAUAUAUACUAAU